UUAAACACCCCCAUCCCGGCACGGCGCAUCCUCCGUACUCAAUGCGGUAGAAAAACCGGUCCAUGCACUUCAGCACCGCACACGCCCAUUGAUUUAACUCAUUUUUGUCACCUCUGCAAGGCACUAGGAUUAACGGCACGCGUCUUAUAUUCCUGCUAAAACCCGGUUUAAGACGAAGACUGUAAAUUUAAAGGAGGCGAGAAAGUGCCCUUCCCUUCCAACUUCCAACUUCCAUUCCAACAUCCUAUGGACAGUUGUGCAGUACCUGCUGUGCCUUAACAAUCCUAUCUACAGUUUCUGCCACCUGAGAUCCCCUAUCAUCAUUUCCCUGACACCCACCACAUCUCCUGCCACACCCUAUCCUGCCCGGCAACAACAUGGGACUCGAAAGCCAGACCCCCAACCCAGCCCCCGGUGACCUAAAAAUCACGCAGGUGGACACCUACCUGAGACUGGAGCCCAAGACGCUGGGGGCCAUCCAGGUGCUAAUCGGCAUCUUGACCCUGUGUCUGAGUGCCACCCUGUUGCAGAUCACCGAGCUGCACUUCUUUGGAGAUAUCGUCAUCCUGCUGCUGUUUGCCCUGGAGAUUAUUCUUUCUGGGUGCAUCCUGAUUACCACGGGGUUAUAUCCUACUCUCCUCUGGUUGAAAGCAAUGUUGGUGGUCCACCUGGUGAGUUUGGCCUUCACUACGGCAGCCUUGGGCCUACUGUCAAAGAACCUGCCUUUCCGACAAUUAUCUUACCACUGUGAACACUGCCGUCGCUUUGAAAUCUUCUCUGUGCUGCUUAUUGAUGGCAUCCUUGGUACACUAGUCCUGUUCCUGAUUGUGGAGCUUGUGAUCUGCAUUGUGGCCAUAUUGGUCGGGCUCAGUGUCCUUGCUCAAGGAGGAAUUCAGCUUCCUGGAGUAAGCCAGAGAUUGACCACGCCUCCCGUACAAGUGCAGCCCGUCAUGGUCGCUCCAGCUCAGAUGGCCCAGGUGUCUGUGGUGGUGACUGAACCUCAAGCAGAACCGGAGCGCACUCCUGAGCCAAAGCCGGCACCAAAACCUGUGCAUGCCGCAGUAGUACCGGCGCCCAUUGUGAAAGUUCCAUCCCCACCUAUGGAGAGCACUGAACCACAGGUGGUGCCUAUAGAACCACAGGUGCUGUCAACAGAACCGCAGGUGGUUCCAAUAGAACCACAGGUGGUCCCAAUAGAACCUCAGGUGGUGAUGAUGGAGCCACAGGUUGUAUCUAUGGAACCACAGGUGGUGCCAUUGGAACCCCAGGUCGAGCCUCUGUAACUAACAGCCAAUGAGUAGGCUUUGAACAAUCAGUCAUCGUCUAGGUGACCUGAGGGAGAGAGGUGGAUUGUGGGAAAUGGUAAAAUGGUAAACAUGGAGGAAAGGGACUCUCGGACAAAAUGUGGAACCUGUGAAGGGUGACAUCUAAAUCAAAAGAGUGGAAUCAGGUGAAGAUUGCGCAGGAACGCCUAACAUGGUCUCCUCUGUCAUGGAAUCCACAUGCGAAAGUAAUUUAGUUCAAGGUACCCAAUCGCUCUUGUGUUGAUCAUUCAAAAUUGUGGCAAAUUACUGUUCCACUGUUCUGAGUUGUAACCAAUGUAGCUAAAUCUCCAUACUGUGUACUGUACUGUAAUAAGGUGCUAUUUAAUAUCUAUGGUCCUUUGGCUUCUCUCUGUGGGAUAAGCUGUGACCAGUUGUACCUGCAAUCCUCAAUUGAUUUGUUCUUGCUAGAAUCCUCGUAGACAGCUUUCAACUUGCAACAUACUAUACAUUAUACUUUUGCUCUGCUUGCUUUUCAAUUCAUCUCCCUGCAAUGACUCUGAAUGCCAGUGUGUGAUAUUUCUAGUUUAGAUAUGCUAAUGAAAAAAAGUCUCUUUAAUGAAUCUCUUAUAUGUGGCAUUUAUGACAGAGGAUAUCUGGUUAGGUGCACAAAGAGCUGCUGUUCCUAGGACGACAUUCCGAUUUCGCAACACGAAUGGGAAAGGGACUAAUAAAUUAAUUAUUUGAAAUGCUGCACAGCAAACCGAGGGAACUCAUGUGUCAGUAUGAAAUACAAAUGUAUCAGACUCGAUGAUUUGCCAUUUUAUCAGUCAGAUUUCUGAUCCAACAUACUUAAUUCACUGAGAUAGUUAGUUUGUGUAAAGGCAUUUUAUGCUAUUUCAGCCAUAGGCUUAGCACUCCCACAAAAACAUCACAUGUUCACACUGGGCAUUAAAGUACACAAAUUCAUUUGCAAUCAAACACACACUCACACACACCCUCACACCAUUGCAUUUCAGCUGACACUCUCAAAGGAUAUCAACAUGUCAAAAUGAUGUCAUCACUAAUUGUCAAGGUUAUAUUUUUGAAAAAAAAAAAAAAUGUCAACAAGAGAUGGAUUAGAAAUAUUAAAUGUUUUUUUUCCUUC